CACCACCUACGAGGUGGCGCUGACCCCCGAGUCCAACGUGCACUACUUCCCCCCGCAGAGAACCAGGGUCACCACCCUGCCAGAGGAGAUCAGCCCGGUUCAGGUUCUCAUCUCGGACUGUGGGCCCCGCAGCCUGCAGGUGAGCUGGGCUCCCGUCCUGGACACCGUGGCCUCCUACCAGCUGGAAUGGACAAAGAUUUGGACAAACCAAGGAGGAGUCAGGGGAGGAAGCAGCUCCUGCCCCAGGCUGUGCUGUCCCUGCCGGUGCCCAGCCCAAACCUGGCCCCAGCCAAGCUCUGCCAGCUUGAAAGGCUUGGCUGGGUGCAUGGAACAGCCAGCGUGACUAAAAAAGUGACUAAAAGAUGCCCAACGUGUCCCCAUUUCACAGAAGGCAGAGUGCUGGACCCUCACCUUGCUUGCUCCUGCUCUCUGUUUACUCAAGGUUGAUGCAGGUUUCUUUUUGCAUGAGCACAUUCAGGAUUUGGCUGUUCCAAUUCCAUCCUGGCCAAAUCCAGCCCUGAAUCCAAGCCAUUCCCUGGAGGGAAUGAGAGAGCAGGAACCCCAAAAUCCUGGCAAUGUGCUUCCCUCACAGGAGGCAGAGUGCUGGAUCCCCACUCUUGCUGGAUCCUGUUUUCUAUUUAUUCAAGGUUCAUGCAGGUUUCUUUUUGCAUGAGCUCAUUCAGUAUUUGAGUAUUUAUCUUCCAUCCUGGCCAAAUCCAUUCCUGAAUCCAACCCAUUCAGGAGAAUUCAGAGGGCAGGAACCCCAAAAUCCUGGCGUUGUGCUUCCCUCCAGAGCCCAGAAAAGCCAGACAAAACCAUGUAAAACAUUUAUUUUUGUUUCUGUGCUCCUGCCUGGAUCAUUGCUCUGGCAUUCCUUUUCACCAGAUGGGAGUGCUGCUGUCCUCGUGGAGAUUAAUUAGCCUGUUCUGUGAUUAAUUACAGGCAAUAAUUCUCCAGCUCUAUCAUUCCUCUGCACUCUGAACACACACAGCACAUCUCUGGUGUCUUGUCUUGGGCUUCCACCCAGUGCUAAGCUUGAGCUACACUUAAAAAUCAAUGUUUUUAAGGUAAAAAAGAGUAAAUCUAAUUAUUUUCCUUUGCCCCUAAGCUUGAACUUGCUGCGUCUAAGCCACUCUGGAAAGGGGAGCUAGGAAAAAAAAAAAAAAAGAAAGAAAGAUAAAUUAAUUAUAAAUACCUAGUGACCAAGCAAAUGGUUUCAAAGUUCAGAGCUAAGGGCUGUAAAGAAAUGUAGAUAUUUCUCUGCUAACCCCCAGCAUCAGUGGGAACACCCUCCCUCAGUAACUUUUGCUCUAUUUUAAAUUUAUUGCUUAUUUUCCCUCCAUGUGGAACUUGGUUUUGAAGCAGUGCUGUUUGUGGAGAGCCCCAUUCAGCCUCAAAAAUCCUUCUUAAAACAGCUUAAAUCAGCUCCUUUUGGAGCUGAGAGGAAUUUUAUCCCUGACUUUGUCUCCUGAGAGCUGAAUUUUUCAUCUCCACCUUUCUGGAGCAUUUUUUCCUUGGGCUGCCUUGUUCAGGAGAGAAGGGAGGUGAGUCAUUCAUUAACUCUAUAAAGAGAUUUUCAUGUGGUUUUUGUCCUCCUCUGGAAUGUGCAUUUGUGACUGAUUAAUCUCAGUGCUGAAAGGAUCACAAAGCCCCUGGAACUGCUCAUGCAAUAAAAUGAUUUUGUUUCUUCUCGCUGUAGGACAGAAAAUAAGUUUGCACAACUUCCUGCAUAGUUUAUUAAUGCAUUAAUUUUCAUCCCCCCCUCAGUUGUAACACAGCCUUUUGAAGACAAAUAAAUAUAAAUAUGAGAGCUACUGAA